CUAUGCGUAUUAUUUUUUUCUAAAAGGCAAAUGGAGGUCCUCCCAUCUACUGUACAACACUGACACUCUUUUUCAUGAGCAAUUAUCUCAUCUCACAAGCCUUGGCUAUUUGGAUACAAGGCAGUGAUAAACUGGCCAUUGAAUUUGCAUAGUGGAGUAGUAAAGAAAUAGGAAAUUGCCAAUGAAACACAUGGUCUCCAUCUUAUUUCAGCGAUAGAUUGGUGACCGGAGUGCAGAUGAAGCCUGUUUAAUAAGAACUGAAUGUACAAGUGCUCAAACAGGUUUGCCCCUGUGUUUGCUGAUCACCUGUCAGGUGAUCACUGUCAACCGCGUUUAAAUAUGGAUACACUCCGGCAGUAGUUUAUUUGUAAAAUGGAACUAAUGGAGGACAAUUAAAGCUUAAAAAGAGCUGUACAUGGAAAAAGACAUGGUUUUCUUUACCACUUUGAUUCUGUCUUUUGGAGAAAUCCAACUGCUAUUCUCAGAGGAAGUGGAGUAUAGUAUUUUGGGCAUAUCUGCUGUCCUUUUCCUUAUAGCCCUCUGUCUUUUGAUAUGGCUGAUUUACCGCUACUGUACACGGUUUCCUGUUUCACAAAGAGCCGCAGAUGGCCCGUUGGCUAAAAGCGGAGGUUUCCAGUAUGCUACACAAACACGAGACUCUAUGAUGGAGGUUCAUUAUGAGGAACUGAGCCACCGAGUGUCCCCUGGCACCUCUUGCACCAACCUGGGCAGUAGUUUAGACCAGGAUAGCAUGGCUGAUCUUGAAGAGGAGCACAUCCAGGGAUCUCUGCGAUUUUCACUGUUCUAUGAUCAGCUGCAGUCCAGACUGGUUGUGACGGUACUGGACGCGCAAGAUCUGGCUGUGCGAGACUUCAGUCACAGUGUGGACCCUUUUGUUUGGGUGAGGUUAAUGUGGGCAGAGAGAGAAGAUGAGGAGCAGUGUCCACUGCACAGUGUGCUGGACGAGUGGCAGACGCGUCUAGUGAAGAAGAGCUGCUGUCCUGUGUUUGGAGAUCAGUUCUCUUGUUCUCUGGCUGAGGAGGAAGUAUCAAGAGUCACUGUUAGAUUUGAGGUUAGGGACUUUGAUAAAUACUCAAGACAUGGAAUUCUGGGAGAGGCUCGUGUUCCCCUGAACAGUCUGAAGAUGUCAGAUCCACUGGAGUUAAGACAGGAUCUGCAAGUACCCAAGAAAGACAUGGUUGGUGAGGCGCUGCUCUCUCUGAAAUACUUGCCGACAUCUCAGAGGCUGGAGGUGGGAGUGUUGAAGAUCCGCACAGUCUGUCAUUCAAAUAAAACAGAGAGAGCUCUUUAUGCCAGAAUCAGCAUCAUCUGCAACCAGUGCAAACUUCGACAUCAGAGGACAACACAGAAGAUGUGCUGGGAGGUGACUGUGUUUAAUGAGGUCCUGACCUUUGUGCUGCCAGAUCAACAUAUAAGAGAGUGCUCCAUUAUAGUGUCUGUUUUCGAACUUCAGCCUUCAAAGAAGUCCUCCAAGCGCUUGGUUGGUAACAUCCACCUCAAAAAGGACAAGACCUCAGAGAAUGAGCACUGGAAGCUGAUGAUGCAAUCACUACGACAGCCAAUCGCUAAGUGGCAUUUAAUCUUCAUCUGAAUAUUGACGCACACACAUGCUCACAUUUCCCGAGGUGGGAGGUUGAACUUCCGACUUUAGAGUGUGUUUUCAGGUUGGAAUGUGGAAACAACUUGCGCUGUCAGGGAUAAAAAGCUCUGAAGGAUUGUUAUGUUUUUUUCUCUAGAUACUUUUGCAACUCUUUCACUCUCUCACCAUUCGUAUUUAUAUUUCAACUAACCAUAUGUAACAGAAGAGAUGCAUCAUUUUUAUAAUUUAAUAAAAAAUAAAGUCACAAACAUAUCCACCACAUCUCAAAUUAUGAAUUGUGUUUAGUGAUGUUCUGCGAUGGACAUUUUAAACAUGUUUGGAAUACAGGGACUGACACCGUUGUCUUGCUAAAGCUAAUUUCAAAGCUGACAUUUAAAUGCAUGCAGCUAGAUAUUUUCACACUUUAAUGUAAUUAGUUAGCAGUGAUUUGUCAAAAAUACAGCUUGUUUGGAAAAGAUGAACAAUAAUAUUAGUUGAAAAGUGA